GUAGUAGUAGUAGUAGUAGUAGUAGUGUUGGCCUCCAUUGAGUGCAGUAUGAGUAAGGAACUGUCCCUGAGUCAGUCAGCUCAAUAUGUUGGGCCCUAUCGACUGGAAAAAACACUUGGGAAGGGACAGACAGGACUGGUCAAGCUUGGAGUUCAUUGUAUUACGGGUCAGAAGGUGGCGAUCAAAAUAGUCAACAGAGAGAAGCUGUCUGAGUCAGUACUGAUGAAGGUUGAGAGGGAGAUUGCCAUUCUGAAACUGAUAGAGCAUCCACAUGUGUUGAAGCUGCAUGAUGUUUACGAGAAUAACAAAUAUCUUUACUUGGUGUUGGAGCACGUAUCGGGAGGAGAGCUGUUUGACUACCUGGUGAAGAAGGGCCGUUUGACCCCGAAAGAUGCUCGAAAGUUCUUCAGGCAGAUCAUCUCGGCUUUGGAUUUCUGCCACAGUCAUUCCAUCUGUCACAGAGACCUGAAGCCCGAGAACCUCCUCCUGGAUGAGAAGAACAACAUCCGUAUAGCUGAUUUCGGCAUGGCCUCAUUGCAGGUGGGAGACAGUUUGUUGGAGACCAGCUGUGGAUCGCCCCACUACGCAUGCCCAGAGGUUAUUCGGGGGGAGAAAUAUGAUGGCCGGCGAGCAGACGUGUGGAGCUGUGGGGUUAUACUUUUCGCUCUGCUGGUGGGUGCUCUGCCUUUCGACCAUGACAAUUUACGCCAGCUCCUGGAAAAGGUGAAGAGCGGGGUGUUUCACAUGCCCCACUUCAUCCCGCCGGACUGCCAGUCUCUCCUCAAGGGCAUGAUAGAGGUCAAUCCCGAAAAGAGGCUCACGCUAGAGGCCAUCCAGAAACAUGCUUGGUAUCUGGGUGGUCGUAACGAGCCAUGUCCUGAGCAGCCUCCGCCCAGGCGAGUAUGUGUGAGGCGAAUUUUGUCCCUGACCGAGCUGGACCCAGAUGUGUUGGACAGCAUGCACUCACUGGGCUGUUUCAGGGACAGAGUCAAGCUCACCCGCGAUUUGCAAUGUGAAGAAGAAAAUCAAGAGAAAAUGAUUUAUUACCUACUGCUGGACAGAAAAGAGCGCUACCCCAGCUAUGAGGAUGAGGACUUACCUCCACGCAAUGACGUAGAUCCCCCUCGAAAGCGUGUUGACUCACCAAUGUUGACGCGCCAUGGCCGCUGUCGCCCAGAGAGGAAAAGCCUGGAGGUACUUAGCGUUACUGAACAGGGGUCCCCUACCCCACCUCGUAGGGCCCUGGACACAGCAGCUCAUAGUCAAAGGUCUCGCUCGGUCAGUGGAGCAUCCACUGGUCUUUCCUCCAGCCCUCUCAGCAGUCCCAGGUCCUAUCAAAGCCCCGUCUUCACUUUCAGCCAAUCAGAUGUCACCUCUGCCACUGCUACUCCCUACUCAAAGGAGCCCAAACAGGGAAGUGUCAACACUCCUCGCUCUGGAAGGGCUCACGACAAGCCCAAAGUUCCCCAAAAUCCAAAGACCCACACCCUGCCUACCAAGGGGCCUAUCGAACGACCCCAUCUGCAGUCCAUCAAAUCCCUGCCUCUGCACAACCCAGUUUCCAAUUCACCCUCCCCUUCUCCACUUCUGUCACCCAUCCCCCGUUUCUUCUUCCCUUCGUCCUCUGUCCUAAAGUCAGUGACUAAAAGCUUCUACCCAAACUCUGCCCACUCUGUGCCACAGGUCACUCCCCAGGGCUCUCCGCUGCCCACACCCUUGGGCACCCCUGUCCACCACCCUCACCACCCCUCCUCCACCCCGCCCUCCUCUUCCUCGUCCUCGUCCUCCUCGCGGGCAGAGGGAGGGGGAGGGGUGGGUUCAUUGUCGCUGACGCCGCCCUCUAGCCCAGGAGGUGGAAGUGGCAUGGCUGCCAGCAGUUCUGCUCACUGGAGGACUCGACUAAAUUCUUUUAAGAACAACCUGCUGGGCUCGCCCCGUUUCCACCGGCGCAAACUGCAGGUUCCUACAUCAGAGGACAUGUCCAGUCUGACACCAGAGUCCAGUCCUGAGCUGGCUAAGAAGUCGUGGUUUGGUAACUUCAUUGGCCUGGAGAAAGAGGAGCAGAUCUUUGUGGUGAUCAGAGACAAACCUCUGAGUUCUGUCAAAGCCGACAUCGUUCACGCCUUCCUGUCUAUCCCGUCACUCAGUCACAGCGUGCUCUCCCAGACCAGCUUCCGGGCCGAGUACAAGUCCUCAGGCGGCCCCUCUGUCUUCCAGAAGCCCGUCAAGUUCCAGGUGGACAUCGCCUUCUCCGAGAGCGAGAGGGACAGGGAGAGGACCGACCGGGAGGGCCGGAGGGAGACGGGAAUUUACAGCGUAACAUUCUCCCUCAUAUCAGGUCCGAGUCGCAGGUUCAGACGAGUGGUGGAAACGAUUCAAGCCCAACUUCUCAGCUCCCAUGAUCAACCCAUGGUGCAGGCCCUAUCUGAUCCCUUCCCAGAUGAGAAGACCGGCCGACCCCAUGGAACCCCCACCCGUCAAAACUCACGACGAUCCGAGGGUGGGGGCGACAGGUGCGAGUGGGGCGAGCGAGGAGACGGCGGAAGCAUAGGAGGCAGCGGGGGAGUUCUGCAGCGCCGAGGCUCGGCCAAAGAGCGAACCCGACUGCUGUCCUCCAAUGGAACCCAGUCCCAGCCAUAGGAGAGAAACCGAGACCGUGCAGCAGG